CUUAUUGUUAUUGUUCGUGUUCGUCUUCUCUUAUCAGUUCGUUUUGUUUCGUGCUUUAGUUAGUAAAAUUAAUUAAAUUUCGCACUUUAUGUUGCCCCUACACACAUCACGACCAUCAGCCCCGCCAGCCAUAUAAAACCCAAAUGCCGCCAACGGAGACAUUACGCGCUGGCAGCGGCAGCGGCGAACGAAGCGGCGGCAACUCGGAACAGACGUACAUCAUAAGACAAAGCAACAAAUGCUACGAGCAUCGCGAUUCACAGGCAACGGCCAUGUCGGUGAACUACUCGGGCCAAUGGGUGCUGCUGGCUGGUCGUGGUUAUUUGGCAUUGCAGCGCUUGGGCCAAGAUGAUGGAACGUUGCGUCGUCACGAGCGCCAGUCUAAGUACGAGGUGUCCGUGGCAGAGUUUGCCAUAUGCCCCAGUCGUCGCGAGUACUGCGCCAUUGCGACUAGUCAAAAUAUUGACAUUGUGCGCUGGGGUCCCGCCGAGCCGCACUAUGAGAAUUCCCUGCGUGGCCAUACGCGCACCGUUACCGACAUUGACUGGCACAGCAAGAAUCCCAAUCUACUGGUUAGCUGCUCGAUCGACACCUUCUCGCACAUCUGGGAUCUGCGCGAUCCGCGCAAGCCGGCAUUAUCCCUUAAUGCUGUCUGCAUGUCGGGUGCCACUCAGGUUGGCUUUAAUCGCGUCUCGGGCAAUUUGCUGGCCGCCGCUCAUGACGGUGAUCUGCGCAUUUGGGACAUACGCAAGGGCAGCUGCCCAACGCACUAUAUUACAGCGCAUCUGAAUCGCGUGCAUGGCAUCAAUUGGAGUCACAGGCGCGAAACGUGCUUGGCCACAGCCAGUCAGGAUGGCACCGUCAAGUACUUUGAUGUGUGCAAUCCCAGGCGUGCCGAGAAAAUCAUAACCACGCUAUCGCCCGUGUGGCGUGCGCGGUACACGCCUAUUGGCAACGGUUUGGUCAGCAUUGUGGUGCCGCACUUGGGUCGCGGUGAGAACAGCUUACUGCUUUGGAGUAAUAGCAAGCAAACGGAUCCAAUUUGCUCGUUUGUGGGUCACACCGAUGUUAUUCUAGACUUCGCAUGGCGCCCCAACCACGAGAACUUUACAGAAAUCGAAUUGGUCACAUGGUCACGGGAUCGUACGCUGCGCGUAUGGAAAAUCGAUGAUACCAUGCUGAAACUAUGCGAGCCCUCGCCCGAUGAGGAUGAGGAGGGCGAUUCGCCACGCUACGAGACCGAGUUGAACGAACUGCGCGCCCUAACGCCGCCAGAGUUUAUGCAUACGCUGCAGCCGCGCCCGAUGAUAGCUGCCUCGCUGCCCAUAGCUGCCACGCUCGAGCCGGGCACGAUUAACUUGCCGAUGGCACGCUCGCCCAGCUUUGGCGGUGUCUAUGCCCGGCGUGAGGAGACGCAUAUUGCACGCUCGCUGACAGAUCAACCGACCUGUUCGCUGCAGCAUGAGUUCUCGCUGCUGAAUACCAAUAUGCCGCAUGUGGACGUGGACAUGCUGUGUGCCAUAAAGCGUUACGCAUGCUUUAAGAUCUGUGCGGCUGAUCACACAAUCAUAUUGCAGGUGACCUUCCCCACCUCCUAUCCCAGCCCGAAUGUGCCGCCCGAUUUUCAAUUCUGCCAGGGCACCACCCUCUCCAGCGAUGUGAGCAGCGUGCUGAUCAAGGUGCUGCGCACCAAUGCGCUGCAGCGUGUCAAGAAAUCGCGCAGCUGCCUGGAGCAAUGCCUGCGCGCCCUGGUGGCAGCCAUGAAGAAACGUGUUACGGCCGUUGCUGGUGCCGGCGCGGAUCGCAGUCAGCUGCUGCUGCAAUCGCCCAGGCUGGAAGGCGCGUUGUCCAGUGCACUGCACGAUGCCUGCAUACCCUUUCCACGCACCUCGGGCGUACAUUUCAAUGCCAUCGGCAUGCUGACCACCUUUGCCCAGGUGAUGAGCACAAAACGUUUAACACUGCGCCAGCAUCAGGCCAUCACGCCGCGCACCCUGAGCGCUAUCAAUGGCAGCGGCCUGCUGGGCAAUGUGAUGGCAACCAAAACACAACGGGAUCCGAACGCCUCGUUCUAUCUGCAGGAGCGCAUGAUUGCCUGCAAGCGCUUGCAGGGCAAGCAGCGUGUAAUGCGCCAAAUCAAUGGCACCACGCCCGUUGUCCAUGUGUACGAUGCGAGCCAAUUGCUGCACAUUAAUCGGGAGAUGGCGCGCGAAUUUACGCUGGAUAAACGCGACAUAGCCGAAACGUGUCGACGCAAUGCUGAAAUAUGCCGCAAACAUGGCCGCUCGGAUUUGCUGCCCAUUUGGCUGCUGGCAGAGCUGAUAGCGACGCCGCAUGUGCCGCACGAGUCGAUGAGCUCGGAGCUGCUCUUCUAUAUGGAUCCAUUUAAGAAAUCUCUGCUGGAGUCGCUGAUCAUGCACUAUGCCAGCGCUGGUGAUAUUCAAAUAGCCGUCCUGCUCGCCUGCCUCUUCGACAAGUGUCCAGCUGCGUUGAAGGACGUCAUGGAUGUAAACAGCUGUCCACGGCUGCCCGCACAGCUGCAUAGCCAAUUGUCGCCGUAUCAUACGGUGCUCCCGCUGGACUUUAAAUCAUCGUCACAAGCACGUGCGACCAGCGGCAAUUUGCAACAGCUGAAGCAAUUGCGCAGCAACUCCUGGUCCGAUUCUCUGGAUUGCUUAGACUUUAAGCUCGUUCAGACGGAUGCGUAUGCCUGUUCGCUGAUCAGACGCGCCAAGAUGCCGCUCUUCGAUCAGUUUAAGCGCGCCUAUGCGGACGUCUUGUUUGGCUGGCAACUGCUGUCGAAGCGUGCCCUAAUCCUCAAGCAUACGCUGCACACGCCGCCGCCAGCGCAGGGCGUUGAGUUCGUCACCGAGUGCAGCGGCUGUGCCAAGCCGAAGCGUACGCCCAAAUGUGAACCCUGCAAGCGUCCAGUUUUGUUUUGCAUCCUCUGCUGCCUGCCUGUACGCGGCGCGGCCAAUGCGUGCAUCUCCUGCGGCCAUGGCGGUCACAUGCAGCACAUGAUGCAGUGGUUCGAGCGACACGAUGUGUGUGCCACGGGCUGUGGCUGCAGCUGCUUGCAGCGCACCUCGGAGCUGCUGGCCCUGAUAAGCUGAUCCAUUGCCGAUGCUGUGGGUGGUCCCAACCAGAGUAGCUUUAGAUUUGAUAGCACUUGACGCUGUGGAAAUCAAAAUACCUACACAUAGAUAUUUUUAUUUUUUUUUUUUUGUAGUCUCCAAGACGUUUUGUUAUUAUGACGAUGAUAAAUAUAAUAGAUAUAUACUCUUGCUA